AUGGUGGCAACGUUUGUAAACACAUUACAAUCACCAUUUUAUGAGCACGUGUUGGGGAAUGUGUCUUCCAAUUUCACUGAUAUCAUUAUAAUAGGUGAAAGGAUAGAAAUCGGGUUAAAGAGUGGAAAAAUUGCAUAUGGCCCAUUCGCGGCUGCAACUUCUAAGAAACCCGGUUUCCAUCAAGGAAAGAAGAAGGAAGUGGAGGUGCAUGCAACCUCAAUGAUGACAGUGUGGGAAAGUCGGGCUCCUACUCAUAAUUAUCGACCACACCUGAACCAACCUCCUUAUGUGGCCAAUGCAGUGUUUGUUCAUCAAACACAACCUCAGCAACAAGGGUUUUAUCAAGCGUUAAAUCUUUAUCAACCACAACAUGCCCCAAAUAAUGCUUGGAAAACCGAACCUAACUCAGAAUUGUUACCUCAUCUUCUCCAAAAGCGCUUGGUAGCAAAUUGUCCGAUGAAACCUAUGGGGGUAAAGUUUCACGACGACAAACCUAGUGUCGAAGCGAAUCCUCUUUCUGAACAUGGGAAUCCUUUGACAAAUGCCAUUGAGGAUAGGGAACACAAGCUAGUAAAGAAUAUGAGUGAAAUUCGGAGCUCCAAGUGGUUUAUUUUUGAGACAUUGCUGAAAUUGGGUCUGUUAAAAGGGGAAUAUAACUUGGGUGAGAAAUGUGAAUUCCAUGCAGAUGCUAAACAUUUUGUCGAUGAGUGCACCAAGUUCGAAGAUGUCUUACAAAAUCUGCUUGACAGAAACUUUGUAUCCCCCUCUACACCAACAAUUCAAGAACGACAACCUAUUACUAUCCAAGCACCCUCCUCUUUUCCUUACAAGAGUGAGAAAGAUGUCCCGUGGAAAUGUGGUGCAUAUGUGUUGGGUGAGGAACAACAGACAGAAGGUCAACCUACCAAUGGUGAGCCAGUGGUUGAAAACAUAUCAGGCAUCGUUGGAAUGACUAGGAGUGGUCGAAUAUUUAUGCCUCCGAUCUUGAUAAAAGAUGGAACUGGGGAAAACCAUGCAACUAGUGAGGGUCUAAGAAACGAUGGUGAGAAAGAAAUAUCCGAUGAGGAGGCUGGUGAGUUCUUGAAGUUCAUACAACAAAGCGAAUAUAAAGUGGUCGAACAGCUGAAUCGUAUGCCUGCUCGAAUCUCACUUUUGGAAUUACUCAUGCAUUCAACCUCCCACAGAAAAUUAUUGAUGAAAAUACUCAGUGGAGCGCAUGUGGAACAAAAUAUUUCUCUGGACAGUUUUGAGGGAAUUGUUAGCAACAUCACUGCUAACAAUUACCUCACUUUUACCGACGAGGAGAUACCUGCUGAAGGGAGAGGACACAACAAGACCCUUCAUGUCUCUGUAAAAUGCCUAGAUCAUGUUGUAGCGCAAGUAUUAAUCGAUAAUGGUCCUUCUUUGAAUGUAAUGCCGAAGGCAACAUUGGGAAAAGCUACCGUGUGA